CGUGGCCACGCGUACGUGUUGCGCAGAUGAGGGGUCCUGGGCAGCGCUGGGCCCCGGGGGUCCCAGAGCGGAGUGAACUGGCGCUGUGGACGCAGAGAGCACGAGGUUCCUGCGCAGUUGCUAUAGUGGGCGCUGCAGGGGCCAGGCCGGGGAAGACGGAGGCACCAGUGACAUUUGGGGACUUGGCCAUCUACUUCUCCCGGGAGGAGUGGGAAUGCCUGAGCCCCAUUCAGAAGGAUUUGUAUGAAGAUGUCAUGUUAGAGAACUACCGGAACCUGGUUUCACUCGGUCUUUCCUUUCGGAGGCCAAAUGUGAUCACCUUAUUGGAGAAAGGGAAAGCGCCCUGGAUAGUGGAGCCAGUGAGAAAGCGCCCGGGCCCUGACUCAGGGCCUAAGUGCGAGACCAAGAAGUUACCUCCAAAUCAAUGCAACCAGUCUGGGCAAAGCAUCUAUCACAAACCAGUUUCUGCACAACAAAAAGUUCCCAUAGGGAAGAAGGGCCACAACAAAAAUUCAGCCCUAAUAAAACCCAAGAAAGGUCAUUCAGGGAAGAAAUCUUUAAAAUGUAAUGACUGUGGGAAAACCUUUAGUCGAAGCUUAUCUCUUAAACUUCAUCAGAAUUCUCAUAUUGGAGAGAGGCCUUAUGAAUGCAGUAAUUGUAGAAAAGCUUUUAGACAGAUCUCAUCCCUCAUUCUUCAUCAGAGAAUUCAUGAUGGAAAAAAUAUCCAUGAAUGUGAUAAAUGUAGGAAAAAAUUCAAUCAGAAAACCACCCUUAUUCUGCAUAGGAGAAUUCAUGAUGGAAAGGAAACCUUUAUUUGUGGGAAGGCCUUGCAUCAAUUCCCAUCUCUCAGUACACAUCAGAAAAUUCACAUCGUUGAGAACAUCCACCAGUGCAGAAAAUGUGGGAAAGCCUUCAGUCGGAUGUCAUCCCUUUUACUUCAUAAGAGAAUUCACAAUGUAAAGAAAAUACAUACAUGCAAUCAAUGUGGGAAAGUCUUCAAAAAGAAAUCAGUCCUUGUUAUACAUAAAAGAAUUCAUACUGGAGAGAGAACCCUUGAAAGUGAGAAGGUCUUAUCUCAGAGUCUACAGAAGAGAAGGCACCAUUUAGAGAAUCCUUAUAAAUGCAGAAAAUGUGGGAAAUCCUUUAAUAAGAUUUCACCCCUUAUGCUUCAUCAGAAAAUUCACACUUCAGAGAAACCCUUCAAAUGUAAUAAAUGUGAGAAAGUCUUCAAGCGGCUUUCAACCCUUGUUCUGCAUCUAAGAACUCACAAUGGAAAGAAACUAUACAGAUGCAAUAAAUGUGAGAAGGUCUGCAAUCGGCAUUCAUCCCUUAUUCAACAUCAAAAAGUUCAUAAAAAGAAAAAGAAACUCUUUGAAUGUAAGGAAUGUGGGAAGAUGUUUUGUGGAACUGCAAACCUUAAAAUACAUCAGAACAUUCAUUCUGAAGAGAAACCUUUUAAAUGCAAUAAGUGUAGUAAAGUUUUUGGCCGCCAGUCAUUUCUUAUUGAACAUCAGAGAAUUCAUACUGGUGAAAAACCCUAUCAGUGUGAAGAAUGUGGGAAAGCCUUCAGUCAUCGAAUAUCUCUUACUCGACAUAAGAGAAUUCAUACUGAAGAUAGACCCUAUGAAUGUGAUCAGUGUGGGAAGGCCUUCAGUCAGAGUGCACACCUUGCCCAACAUGAAAGAAUUCACACCGGAGAGAAGCCAUAUACAUGCAAAACAUGCGGGAAAGCCUUUAGUCAGCGCACAUCCCUUAUUCUACAUGAAAGAAGUCACACUGGAGAGAAACCCUAUGAGUGUAAUGAAUGUGGGAAGGCAUUUAGCAGUGGUUCAGACCUUAUUCGACAUCAGAGAAGUCAUUCUUCAGAGAAACCCUAUGAAUGUAGUAAAUGUGGGAAGGCAUAUAGUCGGAGCUCAUCCCUGAUUCGACAUCAGAAUACACAUUCCGAAGAAAAAGCCUAAGUGGUUUUAAAUCCGUGAAAGUAAAGAAAGAGGCUGUUAAAGAAGCAGAGUCAGAGGCAUGGGAAAAAAGGUAUUUGUCUAUAACAUAUAUUUUGUAUAUAUGGGACCAUUUCAUGAUGUCACUUUGAAAGCCAAAGAGCAAAAGUCAUUGGUGACUUUUGACCUGAGGAUUUGAAAUCAACUAAGGCAAGCUUAGAAAAUUGGAUCUGUUGUUAUGACUGAAGACCAUUUUUUAUUUUAUAAGAAUUACUGAUAUUUUAUUUCUAGUGUAGUGUUAAUGAUGUUUCAUUGGUCACAAGAAAGUGGAAUUGUGAAGUCCAUUUUUGUGAAUGGGACUUAAGACUGAUUUAAGGUCACGUGAAAAGAGUAUGAGUCUGUUCCUCAGAACUAGAACUAUCAAAUGUAAGGAACGUCCUCGUAAAACAGGAUGCCACUUUCAGCUGACAGAAACUUGUGGGUGAAAGUAAAGAAGAGUGAAUCUUUAGGGCUGUAAAGAUAGCACUCAUAAUGGCAUGGAGCAAAGAGUCAUUACCAUAUUGUCUCCAUGGAUAUGAGGAUAGAUAAUCUUCAGAAUGUAAAAAUCUAACAUGCCUGAGACAGGCUAACAGGAAAAGAACAAGGAUGUCUCAAAGACUGAGAAACUUCUGAGCAGGGAGAAAUUAUUUGUUAUUGUUUUAUGUGAAAAUAAAUUGUCUGUAUUUUUGUGAAUAAACAUCAGUAUUUUUAUGUAAUGCUUGUGUGCAACAAGUGUUUGGUGGAAUGUGGAUUGUUAUGGACUGUUUGAGUCCCCCCAAAAUUAAUGUGUUGAAGCCCUAACCCAAAUGUGAUGGUAUUUGAAAAUAAGACCUUUGGGAGGCACUUAGGUUGAGAUGAAGUUGUGAGGAUAGGGCUUUCAUGAUGGUAUUAUUGCUUUUAUAAGAGACAUCAGAGAGCUUGCUCUUUCUCUGCACCAUGUGAGAAGGGCACAAUGAGAAGGCAGCCAUCUGCAAACCAGGAAGAGAGCUCUCACCAGAACCUGACCAUACUGGCACCCUGAUCUUGGACUUUCAGCUUCCAGAACUCUGAGAAGUAAGUUUCAGUUCUUUAAGCCACUCUGUUUAUGGUAUUUUUGUUAUGGCAGCCCAAGCUGACUAAUACAUGGGGAAAACCCUAAAUCUGGGCUCUCUUUCUGUCAGCUGUUCACCAUAUAUAAUAGCUUUCAGUCCCCUUGCUCCAGCUUGUGCAAAAAUAUGUAAGAAAUAAAAUCAAAGAUUUUU